ACAGGAAGGAGAUCUCUGAGCGUUGCAACAUGGCGUCAGGUAGUGGGGCUAAGAAUGAUUUUCGCCGCAAGUGGGACAAAGAUGAAUAUGAACAACUUGCCCGAAAGCGUCUCACGGAGGAAAGGGAGAAAAAAGAUGGCAAACCUAUGCCACCAGUCAAACGAGAGCUCCUCCGCCACAGAGACUACAAGGUUGAUUUGGAGUCUAAACUGGGGAAGACCAUUGUCAUCACCAAAACUACACCACAGGCUGAGAUGGGCGGGUACUACUGCAAUGUUUGUGAUUGUGUUGUGAAAGAUUCCAUCAACUUUUUGGAUCAUAUCAAUGGCAAGAAACACCAGAGGAACCUGGGAAUGUCCAUGCGAGUGGAACGCUCCUCAUUGGAUCAGGUUAAAAAACGCUUUGAGAUAAACAAGAAGAAGAUGGAGGAAAAACAGAAGGAGUAUGAUUUUGAGGAACGAAUGAAGGAGUUAAGAGAAGAGGAGGAAAAAGCAAAGGCCUACAAAAAAGAGAAGCUAAAAGAAAAGAAGAGAAAGGCAGAGGAAGACCUUAAUUUUGAAGAGGACGAUGAAAUGGCUGCUGUAAUGGGAUUCUCUGGGUUUGGAUCCUCCAAAAAGAGCCACUGAUUCCAACUCUUGUUUCAUACAUAUUCAUGCCCAAGCCUUUCCUCGCAGGUCUCUAUAGUCCUUUCAGAGUGGAGAACUGCUCAGCUGUCAUCACUGAGUGAAAGAACUCUUAAACUUUUCGACUGGAUAUCAUGGCUUUUAAUUGUCUGCCUUUACCUGUUGUCAGUUAUGUCAACUACUGCAAAUGCCACGAGAAAGGACUAAACCAACAACUAAUCAGCCUGUUUUCCACCACUCAGUUAUUUUAUUACAACUUUAAAUAAAAUUGUAGUGGGGGAGCAGUAUGAGUUGAAUGUUGUUGGUAGUUUGAUUCUUGUUGUAAAUAUGGUGUUUUUCUAUUUUUUUUUUAUUUUAUUUUUAUUUAAAAUUCCACUUGCCCAAUCUGUCUUAGAUUUUUGAGUUACAGAAUAGGAUAAAGCAAAAUGGUGUUUUUGAAAUCACAAGAAUGAAUAUUUUCAUUGACAGAACCGUGUCUCUUCAGGUCUGCAACAUUGCUAUAGGGUAGAGAUGAGCAUAGAAUGAAGGCGUUUUGUGUCAGGGCUGAUCCUUUUAUUUCUUUUAUGCAAUUCAAAUGUAUUCUUGCAAAAAAUGUAUCUCAUGUUUUCUUUUAAAUUAAAAUGCAUUAAUUUCAUCAUU